CUGGAGCAUCAGCAAUGGCAACUCUUGCGGCAGAUCUAGGUCUUGAAGUGAACAAGGAGAUCAAGACGUUCUUGGCAGCCUAUCCAAGCUGUGCACAGGUUGUCGAAGGCUGUGAGGAUUCCUUGCAUGAGGUUUGCGAGAAGCGUGGCAUUUUAGGCUUGAGGGAAGCCAUGCAGACGAUCAUUGGGAAGGCAGACCUCACAGGAACUGAUCCGAAAGCGUUCUUGGUCGGAUCUUUGAAAGAGUUUGCAAACUCCGCGCAACGGAUUCAUAAGACUGACGAGGUGAUAAAGGGCGACCGUCAUCUCGACGACACGGGCGACCUUGGUGAGUCCGUCACCAGUACUGCGUCUCCAGCCUGUAGUGAAGCAGGAGAAUUGGUGGAGUCAUCCACUGCGAGCGUGGCCAGCUCCGUGCGCGUGCCGCACGCAGCCUUUCAGUGUGCGGAGGUUCCACAGGUGGUACCAUCAUGGGUGGCGUGGCCUGAGACUGGAACCGCAUGGAGCAGCUGUGCCUGUGGCAACUACCUGCAGGAGAUGCUGACCUACAUGGACUCCUACUGUCAAGGUAUGCGUGCGUGGCAGCAGCAAUGGGUGAGCCUAGUGGAGACGGCCUGCAGGAGUGUGCUGGAGGCCGACUUUAAGGAGAUGGUGUUGGUGGGAAGCUUGGCAUUGUCGCUGGAAACACCAGGGAGUGAUGUGGAUAUCGUGUGCAUGACGCAUUCGCAGCAAGUGGAUGCUGUGACGGUGCUUCGAAAGGUGAGGGACAUUUUGACAUCAGACAGUCAUGCCAGCGGCUUUCCCGAGAACUUCGGUGCUGUGGUCAUUGAUGAGGCGCGCAUACCCAUCUUAUCCAUCACCUCUGAGAACCAGGUCUUGGUGGACUUGGCAAUCAAUUCUCAUCAUUCCAUCGAACAUGUCCGAUGGUUCCACAAUAUUGGGGCCGUGCCACCGAACCCACCCACUGUGGCACAAGUGCCGGUGUUGACAGUGACAUUGCGCUGCCUCAAGUGGUGGCUCAGGAUGCGACGGAUCCCGCGGAUGAAAGAUGGUGCACUGCCCACGGUGGUCUGGAUGUUACUGGCUAUGCAUUCCUGCGCCGAACAGAGCGGUAGCUUUUCGCCCGAAGUCCUUGCGGAGAACCCCCUGUCAGUGGUUCUCGCACUGCUUAGUGCUUUCUUCCAAAGAUACACCACGGUCAGCGGACUCGAUGGCAAACUGAAGUAUGAGAAGGGAAGCGCCGUCUCAGACUUCCAACAACAUUCCCGCCAGAAGCGACCCUGCCAUGCUGACCUUAUUGUGCUGGAUCCAGAAUCAGGUGUGAACCUGGCACCGCCCAUGUCGCCAGCCACCCACAUCCUCCUGGUGCACGAAAUGCUACGGGCGAGGUCACUCUUGAAGGAUGCAAUCUGCACAGGGCAUUCUCAGGCUUUAGAUGCGGCAUUCCAGCCGGUGCCCGAGUUUGAGAAUUCGUUGCCCGCCUCGACAGAAAGUUUUGACGCAUUGGUUUUUGUGAAUGGGAAUGGAGAGUGCUCGUGUACAGUGGAGCUCGCCCGCAUUCACUGCAUUCACAAGACUCCAUGGUGGCAAGCGCCAUUCCUGGCUCGCUGGGACAUGCAAAGUCGGUUGGAGGCAUACCUCUUCCGCGAGCCUCCAACCUGUGUGGGCCAAUGCCUCUUUCUUCAGACGCAGGCCAUUACCUUGGCACCCUGGAAUUUCAUCUGCCGUGUGGAAACGACCGGCGACGAACACGUUGGGCUGUCAAUGACUGAUGACGCCUUGCAUCGGAUGAGGAGCAUGCAGGCCUUGGCAUUAGAGAUGCAAAGCUGGGCAUCUGUGAAAAGCAGAUGAGGCGGCUUGGCCUCCAUGUGGAGAGCAGCGCAGCUGGGAUGGAUGUUUGAUGAUGUUUGGAUGUUUG